AAUGGCCGGCGUGUGCAAUAACCAUAAGGUCGCCGCGUCGGAACGCCCACCCAGUCAGACGAACGUGUCGUGAAUCUGCGCUAUCGCAGCACACUGCGAUAGUUGCAGUGUGUGUCGGCGGACGGCGGGCGGUUGGCAAUCAGUUGUGCACGAGACUCGAGUGGAAGCGGAGCAGAGCAGACCGUUGACUGUGACGUGGGACGAACGGACGGUCUGUAAAGGAGCUAUUCGGCAGCCAUGGGGAUCAAGAAGACGGAGCUGGUGUUUCAGACUCGCCAGGAGGGCACGCCGCUGGCGUUCUCACCUGGCGAGACGAUGAGCGGUGCCGUGGUGCUCACCAUCGACGGAUCCAAGCCGCACAAACUGACCAGCGUGGUAGUGAAGGUGCGCGGCCGGGCGGAGACCGACUGGAAGACGGGCUCGGGUGACGACGAGUCGCGCCACAGGGACACGGAGGAGCUGCUGCGGCUGGACCUGACCGUGCUGGGGAAUGCGGGCGGCCAGCCGACAGCGCUGCCGCCCGGCCGUCACCAGUUCCCAUUCCAGUUCAGCCUGCCGCCGCGGCUGGCCUACUCACUCAAACACAUGGACGGGAAAAUCAGAUACGAGUGUUCGGCGCGCGCCCGCAGCGACAGCUUCUGGUCGUUCGACGGGCGCGCGUGCGUGCCGUUCGAGGUGCUGGCGCGUCGCGACCUCUCCGCUGAGCCGCAGCUGGCACAGCCGCUUACCGUGUCCCGCGAGGCCCGAUUCUCGCUGCUCGGCCGCGACCCGGGACCGUUCCGGCUGUAUCUGACGCGACAGGGGUUCACCGCCGGAGAGGUGAUUGAUAUCUCUCUUGAGGGACCCGGUGAGGCGUUCCAGGCGCUGGCGAAAGCCGACGGCACUGUCCAGCUGAAGACCAGGGUGGUGUUUCGCGCUGGUGUCAGCACCAGGCAGAAGAAGUGGGUGGCGGCGGCGGUGCGGCCGGGCAGCUCACCGGACGCCUGGCGGCAUAUCCGACUGACCGUGCCGGCCGGCGAGGUCACCCUGGACGACAGCAGCGGCUGCACUAUCAUCAGUGUCACCCACUACGUCAAGGUGCGUGACGUGCACCUGCCGGUGGUGCUGGGUACGACGCCGCUGCGGCCCAGCUGAGACGGUCACCGCUGGCGGUAGACGGUGACCGCCGAUGGCAGACCUCUGACGGCCGGCCACCGGACGACAGCGGACUGUGCUCGACCUCUGUCUGUGACCUUGGGUGGACGCUCUGAGGUGCUGCUAACGAUCUACUGCCGGCUGGUUGAACACUGUGGUGGAGUUCGAGGCCUCAAAUAUUUCUGCAGAAUGGCUAGCGGAUAUGUCGACGGUGACCUCCUAUGGUCGUUCUGAUUGAUUUCGAGAAGCCAAGCGUGAUAGAGGAGAGGCUGUUUGACUUCACGGGUGGCGUGUCACGGAUCAUUACCAAUGGUCUGACUGGGGCUGUCAUUUCAGGACUGCCAUUUUACACGUAUUUUACUAGUCAGAUCUGCCAGUAUAUUGCGUUAAAGAUCUAGAACUACCGGUAAUGUCAGCAGGUUGACGGAAUCUGUAUUCUCAGGAAGCGCUGAAGUUAUUGGCAUAUUGCCAAAAACAGGUGUUUGCUGGCGUUGUGGCACGAAACUCGUCGGUGUUUGUUGACAGCCUGAUUUGAUCUGUCCCAGUUCAUUUAGCGACCGAGCGUUCAGCACGUGCGGAUCGCAUGCGUGCAGAUGUGCGAUGUGUUUUAUACAUUUAUACAUAUGUAUGUAUAUACGGCGGAUUUCGUCAACCAGUCGUUACGUACAUAUUUAAAGG